CCCGCGACGCACGGGCCAUUUCACACAAACACACGUUACCAAAGUGAAUAAAGCUCUUUAUAAACUGCACCUUCAUCCGGUUUCACAGCGGAUCGUUUGUACAAUGGCGUCAAAACGACGACCGGACGAGAGUAGAGACACAGAGAAGAAGAAGAAGAAGAAGAAUUGUGUAGAAACAGCUGAACUUACUUCAGUUGUAGAAGACGAGCAGGUGAGGAGAGCUGUGAGGGAGGCAUGGAGCCAGAGGACUCACUACAACCAGGGGGAUCUGGAGCUGGACUGCCACCCUUUCCCUCACUGCAUCAUCAGGAACUUCCUCGGCAGCGAGACCUUCGUGGAGAACCUGCAGAGAGAGCUGCUGGGGCUCAACUUCCACGAGAAGUCCAACGAUCUGUACAAAUUUAAACAGUCCGAUGACCUGAAGAAGAGAACGGAGCCACAUAUUGCAGGACUCAGGGCAGCACUGUUUGGGCGUUUCCGUUCCUGGCUCGGGGGAGUGUUGGGAGUUGAACUGGAGCCCACAGUGGAUAUUUCUUGUGCCAGAUAUGAAUACACAGAUGUUCUCUUGUGUCAUGAUGAUGAAUUGGAGGGGAGGCGCGUUGCUUUCAUCCUGUAUCUCGUGCCUCCCUGGCAAAGCAGCGAUGGAGGAACACUCGAUCUUUACACAACCGACAGUAAUUUCCAACCGCAGAGCAUAGUGAAGUCACUCGUACCUUCUUUGAACACGCUUGUCCUCUUUGAAGUUUCUCCAGUCUCUUUUCACCAAGUGUCCGAGGUUUUGACGGAGGACAAGUGUCGUCUGUCUCUGAGCGGCUGGUUUCACGGACCGUCUCUGGAGCGUCCUCCUCGCCACACAGAGGCCCCCGUCCAACGGAGCCCACACUUACCGAGAGACGAAACGUUGCUGCUGGAGUGGGUCAAUCCAGUCUACCUGGACAUAUCCUAUCAAGAGCAGAUCCAGGAGGAGUUUGAGGACAGCUCUGAAAUUCAGCUCAAAGAUUUUCUCAAGGAGGAGAAGUUCAGGGAGGUGAGUGAAGCCCUGCGACUCGCUCAGAUUCAGUGGACAAAGAGGGGUCCACCCAAUAAGAGAUGCUAUGAAGUGGCUUCUCUAGACACUCUGCCUCAGUGUGUGAGUGCAUGUUGGGAGCUGCUUCGUUCAGAGGCCUUCUUCCUGCUUCUCUCCAACUUCACCGGCCUUCGAUUGCACUACCUGUGUCCUGCUGAUGAGGAUGAUGAAGAGGACGAUGAAGAGAAGGAGGAGAAAAAAGAGCAAGAGGACGUACGGGACGGAGAAGCCACGGGAUCUUCCACCGAAUCACAAUCAGUGAAUACAAGCAGCGAGAAAGAGCUGAGCACACCUGUAUGUUGUGGCGAACUGCGUCGAUGGUCUCAUGGCUGCUACACUCUGUUGCAUGAUGGAGAAGCAGCGCGGGCAGAAUACGCUCUGGACCUUGUUUUGCCUUUUUGCAUCCCGGACUGGCAGUCAGAUUUUGGAGGCUUCACAUGUUAUGUUGCUAAUGAGGAGGACGAGGAGCUGCUGACGGUGUAUCCAGAGGACAAUUCCCUCGCCCUUGUGUACAGAGACAAAGAAACUCUCAAAUUUGUCAAACAUGUCAACCACAAAAGCUCUUCGGAUUGUGCUAAUAAUUCCACCAGCAGAGCUUUGUAUGACUUCUCUUUUGUGUACUAUGAAUAAAUAAACAGUAUCUAUAUGUAUAUA